AAAACAAAAUAAUUUCACCUGAAUUCUCCUUCUUCUACUUUCUCCCCUUCCCCUUCCCCUUCUCGGUUAAGCUUCAGCAAUUUUCUAGCCAUUUUCCUCACAAAAUUUUCCCUAAUUUUCCAUAAUUCUGUUUCAAAUUCCGAUGAAAUGAUCCAAAAUUCCAUCGACCGUGCCGGAAACGAUUCUUCCUCAAAGUCUGUAAACGAAACGGUGAAUGGGUCUCACCAUUUUACCAUCAGGGGUUACUCUCUGGCCAAAGGAAUGGGACCUGGAAAGUACAUAUCUAGCGACAUUUUCACCGUUGGUGGGUAUGAUUGGGCAAUUUAUUUCUACCCAGAUGGUAAAAACAUCGAGGAUUCUUCAAUGUAUGUAUCUGUUUUUAUAGCAUUGGCUAGCGAAGGAACAGAUGUAAGGGCGUUGUUUGAGUUGACGAUGUUGGAUCAGAGUGGUAAAGUGAAACACAAAGUUCAUAGCCAUUUUGAUCGGGCAUUGGAAAGUGGACCUUAUACUUUGAAAUAUAGAGGGAGCAUGUGGGGUUACAAACGAUUUUUUAGAAGAGCAAGUUUAGAAACGUCUGACUACCUGAAGGAUGAUUGCCUUUCCAUGCACUGUACUGUUGGAGUUGUCAGAACUCGCAUUGAAGGGCCCAAAAGUUAUAGUGUUACAAUUCCACCAUCAGACAUGGGCCAAAGUCUCAAAUACUUGCUGGAUGCUGAACUUGGUUGUGAUAUAGUUUUCCGGGUUGGAGAAGAGGCAUUUAAGGGUCAUAAGUUGAUACUUGCUGCUCGGUCUCCUGUGUUUAGAGCCCAAUUCUUUGGCCUUAUUGGGAAUCCCAAAACGGACGAAGUAGAACUUGAGGAUAUUGAACCCUCAGUCUUCAAGGCUAUGCUCCAGUACAUUUAUUCUGAUGAGCUUCCAGAUUUAGUUGAAAUUACUGGCUCUACUUCAACUUGCACUUCUACGAUAAUGAUGCAGCAUCUAUUGGCAGCAGCCGAUCGAUUUGGUUUAGAUAGGUUGAAAGAGUUAUGUGAGGCGAAAUUGUGUGAAGAAGUCAAUGUGGAUACAGUGGCAACAACUCUUUCUCUUGCUGAGCAGCAUCGAUGCCCACAACUCAAGGCCAUCUGUUUGAAAUUUGCAGCUACAAACUUGGGAGUGGUCAUGCAGAAAGAUGGAUUCAAGCACUUAGAAGAGAGCUGCCCCUUACUGUUGUCAGAGCUGCUGGAAACAGUGGCGUCAGUCGAUGAGAAGGCAAGUCUGAUGUCUAGCAAGAAAAGGAGUAGCAGCAGCAGCAUCUUUGGGUUGGAUCUGGCUGCAGAUGGCGUGCCAGCAGAUUCCGUUAACCCUACCGUUAGACGGGUGAGGAGGAGGAUGUAACCUUGUGAUAUAGUAUAGCCUUAGAAGUGCAAUGAGAGUUAGGUUGAGAAUGUGUUAAUGGAAAACCCAACUAAUGAUUAGUUUUGUUCUUCUUAUUGGAUUUGAGAACAGUUUUAAUGAUCUGAAUGAUAAUUUGUGGUGUUAGCAAUUAGCAUCAUAUAUUAUUUCAGAUUCAGACAGCACAAGGUAUGAUAGAUGGGAACUGAAAUUUACUGGUUGUAUUUUUCACUUCUUUCCGCUAUGUGAGAUACAAUAUAUGAACGAAUAGGUAAAAAAUUCUCUCC